AUGCCGGCGCCACGCUCCAACAAGCUUCUGCAGCUCACCAGCACCGUUACUGGGCUUCCAACUUUGGCCGACGCGAUGGAUCCGUCCAACUUUCCUUUCGUCGAAGCGGCCAGACUGGCGAAGCCCAUGAAUUGGGGCAUUAUCAAGCUGAAAAACAUUCCAUUCUCGACUACCCGUGCCGAGGUGAUUGCCUUCCUCGGCCGCAACUCCAAGGUGUUGAACGACACUGACGAAGGCGUGCACAUCAUCAUGGACAAAGUGACAAGCAAGACCAUGGAUGCCUAUGUCGAGUUUGUGUCGCUCGAAGAUGCCAUGAGAGCGGUCGAGAGGCACCGAAGCAAUGUCGUCGCCGGCAGGUUCAGCCGCCUGGGUGACCGUCCCAUCGAGGUAGAGGUGACUUCUCAAGCCAGCCUCAUGAAAGAUCUCUUCCCCAUCGCUCGCGGCGUCUUUUGGAAUGGUGUCACGCCCGAAAUCUUGCCGUUCAAUCCCACACAGCCCUGGGACAACUUCAAGGGUUUCGUCUCCGAGGAGGAGAUGAUUAUGCUUGUCAAACAUGUCGAGGUGCCUCAUCGAUCUCCCUUCUCCCGAGACUGCCCGCAGCGCCCAUAUGAAUGCUUGAUCAGCACCAUCAAGAAGUUUCCGUGGUUUCUUACCAACUGUGUGACGAUCAAGGAGCGAGAGGCAAUGUACCAGGCUACCACUGCGCUUAUUCGCCAGCUCACUCGCAGCAUUCUUCUCCAGGAAGACUCCGCGCACUUGACUCCUUUCCUGCUCCGGCGCCUUGUCCAGGCAGCCAUGCUCUGUCCUGGCUUCACGCCGUGUAUGAAGGAUGGCAUCGCUUGGAUCACCAACAUGCAGGAGCUUGAUCAGGAGUACUAUCAGCUGCCACGUUUUGCCAACCGUUGGCGCCACCAGUAUGCUAUCGGCCCAAAGCCUGGUUUCCCCCAGGACGUUGUCGAGUGGUAUGUGUCGAUUAUCCGUGAGCAAUCUCAAAAGGAUGUUCUCGCCCUGCCGUUUCGAGAGCGCGCCGAACUUCAGGAGCUUGCCGAUCAGACUGAUAUGUACUGGGGCUACUUCUGGGCUGAGGUUGGCUACGGGCUUGGCCCUCAAUUCGACGACAUGAACCUGGCACAGGCCGCUCACAUGGAGUUCUCGGCCGUGGAGCGCAUCCUCUCGCGUGCCCUUACCCAAGGCUAA